GGAAGUGAAAGAGAUAUUUCGACUUUUGGGAUUCUUUCUCGUGUUUCUCUUUCCUCUUGUCGUUGUUUAUUUAACAGGUGGUCCUGAUAAGGAACCCUUACUCGAUGAUGAUGAAUAUGAGCGAAGAAAGAGACUUGCACAACAAGCAGAAACAACAGGAAAGAAAAACAAAAAAAACAACAGAAACAACAACAGCAACAAAAAAACAAAACUGCAAUAAAGACUAGUGUAGAACAACAAGACAAAGUUCAGGAACCAAAACAAGAGCCUAUUGUUGAGGGAAAAGUCAAAGAAAUUGAUGAGCAUAUGGAUCCUACUGUCAAUUAUGCUCGUGUGAUGCGCAUUCGACCUGAAGAAGAGGAAGAAGAAUGGGAAGCAGUCCCCUAUGAAGAAGGAUGGAACCAAGUCAAGAGUCGUCGUCCUGCUACGACGAAUACCUCAAAGUCUUCGUCUUAUGUGGACAACAAUGCCAAGUUGUCAGAGGCAACAAGUCGAUACAUUCCUGGACUAGACAAAAAGCAGCGCGAGAAUAUGGCUCGUAAUGCCAAGAAGAAACAACAAAAGGCCGCUGCUGAUGUUUUACAAGCCGAAAGAUUACGCAAGCAUCAAAAAGAACUAGAAAAGGCCAAGAUUCAAGAAUUUUACUCGAAAGGUAAAGGCAAGAAUACACCUUGGGGUAAAAAUGGUCAGCGAUCCUCUAAAAUACCUGACUCUCAUGCUACAUUUAAUGAAUAUGGCCAAUUGAUUUGGGAAUAAACAGGCACAAUUAAUGUUACAUGAUGAUACUAUU